AUGGACGGACCAGAUGAAAUUGAUUCAUUAAUGCAAUCUUCAUAUACUAUGAUGAUGUUGACAAAACAGGGUGAAGUCCAUUUGGAUAACAUGCUCAGCAGAGCCCAUCGGGUUGCUACUCAGAUCUCAUCAAUGUACAAAUACGAAAAACUUCUCCAAGAUAUGCAAGAUUUGACUGUCAAUGGUAGCAGACGCAGACUUAUACUCAAUGAUUUGCAAAGAGAGAAUAAACAAAUCAUGGCUUUACAAGACGAAAAUCGACAUCUUCGGGAAACUACAGAAGAAUAUUUAUCAACUAUUCGAGAUAUUUUGGAAUCACAUUCCGAACUAGAAAACUCGAUUGAAAUGCAACAUCAAAACAAAGAGAUCGACAACAUUGAUAAUAUUAUCUUUGAACUAGCCGAUACAAAUCUAGAGACCCGACUGAAAGCGAAAGCACUGAAAAUGCAAGAGAUGAUGGAUGAUUUGGACAAGGUGCGAAGAACGGAAUGUCAAGAAUUACAGUUGGCCGUACAGUCUAACAAAAAUUAUAAAGAACUGUUCAAGAUGGCUUGUUUUUCGAAUCCAUCGGCUGUCGCUGUUCUGAAAAAUGCCUUGAAGAUGGUGGAAAAUGAUAUCUUGGACGAAGCCAGCGAGCAGAUUAACAAUCUUCCCGAAAAUGAGAAUAUGAAUGAUACGAUAAUUCAGAAACCAUAA